AUGGGAGUAUCAGAAAUUACAAAAGAUGAUUCCCCGAGAACAACUCCUGAGCUAUCUCGUGCUGACCAAUCCCCUGCGUCAGAGAGACCUCCUCCAGGGUCCGCAGACAGCGAUGAUGCAGACGAAUUUGCUCCCAAAAGAAAACAAAGAAGAUAUAGGACCACAUUUACAAGUUUUCAACUUGAAGAGUUGGAAAAGGCAUUCUCCAGAACACACUAUCCUGACGUCUUUACGAGAGAGGAGUUGGCAAUGAAAAUCGGAUUAACAGAAGCCAGAAUACAGGUAUGGUUUCAAAAUCGUCGAGCAAAAUGGCGAAAGCAAGAAAAAGUUGGUCCUCAAGCACACCCAUACAACCCUUAUCUAGGCGCAGGAGGAGGCCCUCCGCCCUCAGUGGUAGCUUCAAUGCCUAAUCCCUUUUCACAACUAGGUUUUGGCUUUCGAAAACCUUUUGAUGCAAACGCACUUGCUUCAUUUAGAUAUGGCAGCUCUCCGGUUUUGGGCGCUCAGUAUCUAGGGGCUCCGCUAUCACGACCACCCUUAUUUUCUGCGCCGUUAUAUUCCACAUCUACGCCUCCAUUCCACACAUUGUUGGCUGGUCUUGCUGCACCACCUCGGCAGUCCCCCGACCCCCCACCAGUGUCCCCUCCUAUAUCCCCUGGAAGUGAAUCCCCUCCAAGUCAACAAGGCCCAGAAGUAGAAAGAAGAAGUUCGAGCAUCGCAGCCCUUAGAAUGGCUGCAAGAGAACACGAACUAAGGCUGGAAAUGCUCAGGCAGAGACAUCACACCGACCUAAUUAGU